CACUCUCGGUCACAACUACAAACAUCUCUUGGUUCCACUAGGUUGAUCAACUCAUUGCGUUGGCGCGGCGUCCGCAUUCCUCGUCUUCCUCAUCCAGCUCGAUCUCACGGGGAUGGACUCGUCUAAUAUUGUUUAAAAUCUAUCACAGUUCUGUUGGAUAAGGCAGCAAUGGGAAGGUGCCAAUGCUGUACUGGUCUCACUAUCAACAACCUCAUUGAUCUUGUUCCAAUUGAACUUGCCGGCCACGAUUUCCCACAGAAGGAUUUUUAUCAGCACCAUGAUUCCAUUGAAGACCUCGAAAACUCGGCCAACGAAGGAUGUGACUUUUGUGGGUUCAUUUUGGAAUGCUUAAAGGGAUUUCGGGACACUGACCGCUGGAUUGCGGACGAGUGGGAGGGUGCGGGUCUUCAAGUCGAAGACUCAUUGUAUACUGCUGCAAAGAAGUUGCCGUUCUCACACAUCAAGUUCUGCAUCACAUCUGCAGAGCUAAAGAUCGACAGCACUCUGGCAGAUGUUCGCGCAUAUGAUCGCCUUCUAGUCCAAGUUGGUCCAAUCAAAGAUUAUGGUAAUGAUUACGAUCUUGAAGUCGAUGAUCAACCCGAGUUCCCGUUAAUUUGGCUGAGGCUGAGCAUUCCGAGAGAUAGGCCUCUGUUCUCGGGACAUUUGCGAAUAGGCCGUUAUCAGUUGGACGAGCAGCUAGAAUCUGACAGCAACAUGACCAUCGCAACUACAUGGCUACAUGAAUGUGAGAUCAUGCACUCGGGCUGCCUUUCCGGCACUCUUCCAGAGCUUCCGACCCGUGUUAUUGAUGUUGGAAUAGAUGACUUGGAGAUUCUCCGCAUCGUUCAACCUAAUAAACUGAGGGCCAAGUAUGUUGCUCUGAGCCACUGUUGGGGAGGAUGCAUCACGCCCGUGCUGUCAAGCAAGAUGAUGGAAACGUUCCAAGAAACGCUGCCGUUCAGUGAUCUUCCACGUAAUUUCCGAGAUGCGGUUACCAUUGUCAGACGACUGGGAAUUCAGUAUCUGUGGAUCGAUUGCCUUUGCAUCGUACAAGACUCGAAGAAGGAUUGGGAGCAAGAGUCCAAGAAGAUGGGUUCUAUAUAUCGAGACUCGACAGUCACGAUAUCGGCACUAACCUCAAAAGGCAGUACGCAUGGGAUCCUAACGAGGGAGUCUCCAACACAGGCCCCGUCACCCCGACCAGUCCGCAUAAAGAUGUCCAUUGAUAAUGCCCAGGAAACAGUCCAGGUUGAGCGCGAAGGCUUUGACGACGAAAACUUGCAUUCGCUAGACGCAUUUUCCAUUCUCUCUUCUCGUGGCUGGUGCUUGCAAGAAUCGAUCCUUCCGCCACGACAGCUCUACUACGGCAAACGACAGAUCUACUGGCGCUGUCCCGCCGGUUAUCGUAGCGCUGACGGAGCAACAUCAGGCAUGCAGGUACCGGAAAAUCGGUUUGAGCAUCUGUCAAGUGUUAUCUUUCAUGAUAUAUCAUCUCCAACUGCAAAGACCUCAUAUCCCGACCUCAGGUGUCUUCUUGAAGACUAUUACGGGCUAGUCGAACAGUAUUCUCAUCGACAACUCAGCUUUGGCUCUGACAAGUUUCCCGCGUUCUCGGGUAUUGUGCAACGCUUGCACGGUGUGUUGGGUGGGAAAUACCUAGCCGGAAUAUGGAGCUCGGAUCUGGCAUUGGGUCUGUUGUGGCGUUCUGAGAUGAGUACUUGCGAGCAUGUGCAACCCUAUCGUGCGCCAUCAUGGUCAUGGGCGGUUACGGACGAGCGGGUGCAGUUCGACAACAAAGACGGCCUAAAAGAUACAUCAGCGACUAUCGAGCUCAUCGACGAUAAGAUCGUGUUAGGCGACGAAAGCAAUCCUUACGGCCAGGUCACAUCGGCUUCCAUCACUGUACGAGGUUUCACGAUGUCUCUGAAACGUAGUCGACAAUACGUAGACAAACGACUCUCCUCUUACUAUAGUGGUUAUGGAUACUGGGACGAGGCUUCAAGCGUUGAUGAAGAUUUGUACCCAGAGACACGCGGGCAAACGCUCACGAGUCUACUUUUGGCCAGCGAUCAGGACAAUGUGUACAUCUUGUCGAUUACAGUACGUGGCUGGGGGGAGGAUGUAGAUGCUGAUCUGGAGAUCGAUUUCACUGCUAUCCAAGAGACAUGUCUUGCAUUGUUAGUACAUGUGGAUGAGAAAAAUGACGGCCAGGGACGUACAUCUUCGCCCUUGCAGGGUCUUAUCCUUAAGCCGGUCAUCGAAGAUUCAACAGAUAUGGUCGCUACAUUUGAAAGAAUGGGAAUGUUUUAUUUCGAUCCAAUGCAACUGUCGCGGCUAGAAGCUUGGGAGCGCAAAACCGUAAGGUUGGUGUAGAUAGUUUGAAAAUGAUCGGCCUAGACCUUGUACCAUGGAACCUUGUCUUGUAUGAGGCCAUGCCGACGGCUUAAGUUAUUAUCACGCUUGCAAGCUCAUUGUAAAGCUCAGACAAUGC